GAGAUGAAGCGAGCAAAUUAUGGGUGUGAGUCACAGUUGAUAUUAUGCAUACAUUGCUCUCUCUAUCUCUCCACAUCGUUGGUUUCCACCCUCAUCCUGUGAUCUGAACACAAUCACACGCUAGGCUGGAUUAAUUCAGAAGCAAUUAAGGCCAAUUUGUCCAACUCCUUAGCUGUAUUAUCCCAUUUUGGAGCUCCCUGUUGUCAUUUUGCCGGACAUAUGGUGGACAUUCAGAAAGGUUAUAGUAGGAUUGGACGCUUGUCUAGUGGGCGUGCUUCAAAGAUGCUUCGAGAAAUCAAGGCACCAAAAUUGGUGAUGGAUGGGAGUCUUUUGGAGGUGGUUGAGAUCAAUGUGACUGAGCAAGAGAAAAGAACAGGCAACGCUGCCAUGGGAAUCAAGGAUGUCUAUACAGUCUACCUGGUGGAAACAUGGGGCCGUAUGCAAUUUGAAAGUAGAGUAAAGGACAAUUCUAACAUCGCCAAGCUCACAAUGGACUCUUCUUCUCUUUGGAGGAGAUACAGUGAGUUUGAGCUCCUGAGGAACUAUCUCGUCGUCACAUUCCCUCAUGUUGUGUUGCCUCCCCUACCAGAGAAGAGGAUGAUGGCAAUGUGGCAGCAGCUGGCCACUGUGGAUAACUUUGAUGCUGACUUCGUGGAGCGUCGUCGUGUUGCUCUAGAGGGGUUUCUGCAGAGAGUGGCUGCCCACCCAUUGCUAUGUCAGGAUGAGCUGUUCCAUGGUUUCCUGCAGGAUGCAGAGGGCUGGAAGGAGAGGGUCCAUUCCACUGGCUUCCAAAUCAAGCAAGAUUCACGCCUCAAAAGCCUGAGUGCCUCAUUCCGACUCAAGAAGCCAAACAGACAAUUUGAAGAACUCAAGAACUAUGCCACUGAACUGCAGAACAAUGUCACAUCGAUACUGAAAAUUAGAUCUAGACUAUCAGACAGACUAUAUGGACUACAUAAGAUCCAUGGUAACUAUGGGCGUGUCUUCAGUGAGUGGAGUGGUAUCGAACAAGAGAUGGGAGAUGGCCUACAGAGUGCUGGACAUCAUAUGGAUGUGUACAAAGAUUAUAUCGAUGACUAUAUGGCUGAAGAGGAGCAGAUAGCCGACCAACUCAAAGAAUACAUCUAUUUUGCUGACUCACUAAAGGCAGUGUGUAGGAAACAAGAGAUUAUGCAGUUUGAGCUGGAGAGAUGUGAGGAUUUGUUGAGCUCCAAGAAGCUACAGAAAGACCAACUAACUGGGAAAGCACCUCAGAAGGUGUUUUCAUUCCGAGGGAUGACCUCAAAGCUGUUUGGUCAAGAGAAUGCCGAGACCAAAGAGUCUAAGGCCAAUCUCAUCUCUGACCAGAUCACAGAUGCUGAAGAUGCUGUAGAGAGAUCCAAGCAAAAUAUACUAGACUUCACUGAUAAUGCAUUGAAAGAGGUGGAUAGAUUCAAGAGACAGAAGAGUCGAGAUUUGAAGGAGAUCUUCAUCAGCUAUGCUGUACUACAGAUCAAGAUGGCUAAGAGGGGCAUCACAGUAUGGACAAACACCAAAGAAUGCUUCGACAAGAUGUAACUACUCACAUUUCACCAACCACCCUAUAUCCUGAAGGCAUUAUUGAUCCUUAAAGAUGUGACUACUAGCCCUUUUACAACCCCCUCAACUUUGGUAGUGUUAUCAAGUUUGAUGUCAAAAAAAGCCAUUCUACAACCACCUGAAACAAGUAUUGUCAAAAUGGAUUCUUCAGUUAGAUGUGACUACAAUCACUUCUAGCAACAAACCUCUGUUUGCAUCAUCAGAAUUGAUCCUCCUUUAAAGAUGUAAUUACAGUCAAACCUGUCUUAGUGGCCACCUGUAUAUAAAAGGCCACCUGUCUAUAGUGGUCAUUUUGUGUGGCCUUAAUAGACAGGUUUGACUUGACUAGUCCCUUUACAACCAAUUUUAUUAUAUGUUCAAGUAAUCAUCAAAUAAACAACAACUAUUAGCCCUGCUACAACCAAGUGAGAUGCUUGCAUUGAAAAAUGUGUGUAUUAUCCUUCUUUAACAAUUAUCAAUCUGUCAGAGCUGUCAAAGCGCAAGGUGAAUGCAUCAACAAGACUUUACAUCUUCCCCAUUUACAAACACUUUUAGAAUGAUAUCGUGAAUCUUGAAAAGAUAUAUUGAAGGAUACAUAAGGAGCACAUAAAUUUGGGGACUAUCACGAUGUUUCCCCAUUCAAAACAACUUCCAUUCUGGAUAUUUAGGAGUGUUAAGCAGAAGACAAUCAUCAUUAAACACAGGAGAUAUUCGGGCAUUUGCUAAGUCCAGAGCAUUGCUUCAACUUUGAUCUGGUAUUCUGUGCUUUUGUACAAAGCCUCUAUUAAAGGUCUGUAUUAGCUCACAUUGAAACCCACGGCCACCCUAGAGUUUAAUACAGGUCUACGGUUGAGAUGAACAAGGGAAGUUAGAAUGUGGUCCUUUAGUGAACAUGACUGCAGUCCUUGUGUAGGGUUUAUUGGAUUCAGGAGUUCAUACUGGAAUUGAAUUGGGAUGAUAAAAGCCCAUGUAUUUAAAGCUGUAUCAUAUCAAGGAAACUGUGUUGUUGUUUAGUGAUGAAUAGUUGGUUCUACAUACCGAUGUAGAGUCAAUACAUUACAUGAAAGUACACAUUUCGUGACAUAUGGAAAGUACAAAUUAAGCUGUAUGAAUAACAAGAGAUGGGUCUUACUAAAAGUGAGAGGAAAAGUGACUGAAUGACAGAUUUGAAGAAAGAAAAGAAAGAAAGAACAUAAUUGCAAAGAUAUUGAUGUAAGAUUAUUAUGCUAUGUACCGUACUUGUUUAUUGAACCAAUUGAUGCCCCUGUUUGAAGUGGACAAAAUUUACAAAAAAAAUGUGUUUUGCAAUGUUUGAUGUUCCAUAAUGGCCAAAUGUAAAAUCUAUUGGUGGAUAUAUAUGCUAUCAGUUUCAACAAAUAUGAAAAAAGAGAGUAUUUCAGACAUGAUACAUAGAUGAAUGAUGCAAUUGCAUAGUUAAAUCAAAAAUAAAUAUAGGAUUGUAUAAAGAAAGAAACUUACAGAAUGCAUACCAUCAUUUGCAAAUGACUUGUGCAAGUGGCGAUCAUGAAACACAUCCUUUGAUAUUGAUGUUUGUGAUGUUGGUGGCAAUAAAUCUUUGGAAUUGAACAUUAUUUCAUACCUAUCUGUUACCAAUGAAAAUGUAUGCAAAGCAACUCAAUGCAAAGUGAUCAAAUGUUUUUAUAAAAGUCAUAUGUUAGUGUAUUGACUUGUAAUCUUCUGUGUGAAAAAGUGUAUUGUGCCAUAUUCAAAACUUAUAAAAGCUCUCAAGGCAUUUGUGUCAAAUUGAUAUGAAUUGCAACUUUCAUUUUCUGGGCCAGUGAUUUGUAAGCUCUUUUCAAACUUUUCUCCCUUUUUUCAAAACCUUCCUUUUUGGAAGGAAAAUACUCCUGCAAUGUGGUAAGAAACACGUAAUCUGUUAUUUAUCAAGAAUUAAGAUAUGGUAAUUUAAAAUCCAGAUUGAUCUGUUUCAGGUUAAUUACUUGUGCAUUCCAUAUUAUCUUUUAGCAUGUAAUUACCAAGGGGCCUUACAGUUUGGGUGAUGCUGUACUUUUGUAUUCAGUUGUUUAUAAAAGAGAUUGUCAUCACUAGGAUGGCUAGUCAAAUUUUAAGUUUGACCAAAAUUAUUGUAAUUUAUUUAAUUUAAACCAGUGUGGUAAUGGUAUGAGGUUGAGCAGCCACAUGUUCAAGAAAAUGAAAUAUUUAUUAAAAUGAAAUAGUUUAGAUGAUAAUACUGAUUAUGAUUCUGUUGAGAAAGUGUGUAAUAUUUGUAACCCUUUCUCAGGAUACAAGCAUAAAGAAAUAUGUUGUUAAAAAAUAAUAAUAAACAUCCAUGUGAAGAAUAGAGUAAUGCAAAUUCGCCAUGUGUUCUGUGACAUGGGAAAGGUCAUCAGAUUUGACCUUUGGCCAAUCAAAGGAAUUCAGUGGAAAGGCCUUUUGUUACAUAUGCUGGGCAAAAAUAUUGGGUGAUUUUGGCCAGUUUAAGGUCCCUAUACUUGGCUGGCCAUGCACACACUUAUCACAUGUUCUUGUCACUAGCUAGCUUAUAAAUUCUAUGUACAAUGUUCCACAUUAAUUUGUUGUACAUGAUUGUCCUAGUAGAUAUUGUUUGUUACAAACAAAAAACAUCACAAACUCUUUCUUCAAUACUCAAAAAAAUUGUCAGCUUUGGGUCACCCAACAAUUAGAAAUUCCAACUUUGGCCAUUAGUUUUGUGAGUGCUGCGGGUCAGGCAAUUUUUUUGUGGCACCCUAAACAGACUUGACUUUUUACCAGGUACUAAUUUUAUGAUUCACUAUUGUAUAUAUUUUGAUAUGAUCAUUAUAUAAUUAUUACAUUAGAGAGAUUGGUAGAUUAGUUUCCACCUUGAUCUCUUAUGCCCAGCACACUCACUACACAAUCCUCCUGCGACCCAAAUUUCAAAGAAAUGGCAAUAUUAGAUAUGGAUAUCUAAGCAGACAUCUUCCCGAUUUAGGUUCUGAAUGAUGAUAAAAGUACUAACCACCAGAAUUUUAAGCAUUUAAGCCUCGAUCCUAGUCAGAAUUAAAGCUAAAGAUCGAGGCUUCAAAUUGUAGACAAUCACACUAUACUGAUCUGAUUUCACUACGAUUCUGAGCCAGUUUGGUUUUUCUUACCCAAAAGAAGCUUGAAAUCCCUUAGAUUUUAGAUUUUAUGAAGCAUAUGAUGAUUCAGAUCCACGAUCAUUAAGAUUUUUAAAGUUUAAAUAUUUAUAUGAAAUGCUAUUGCAUAUUCUUUCAAAAUCGGAUCGUAGUCAGGUCAUAGAGUAUGCAGUGGGCUUUUCUUUACUGUUUUUCUUACUUGCAAGUUGCAACAUGUCGUAACGAGAAAAUCUCAUGCACCAUUUCUGUUUACCGGUAAGCACAAAGUGGAUUAUAUUUUUGCAAGAGUUUAUGCAGAAAAAGUUAUAUUGGAUAUGUUUUGAAAGUUGGUGUUGAUUGCCUUUAAAUAUCUCAGUUCUAGUUUCUUAUUAAUAUACUUUGUUUCCUAUUACAUGUUUUAUGUUUCAUUUUGUUAGAUUAGUUCAUUCACUAUUCAACAUGGAAAGAGAGAUAGAAUCGAGAUAGGAAUAUAGAAUAGAGAUAGGGAUAUAGAUAGAUAGGGAAUAGAGAGAGAGAGGGAGGGAGAGAGAGAGAGAGAGAGAGAGAGAGAGAGAGAGAGAGAGAGAGAGAGAGAGAGGAGGAGGAGGAGGGAAUAGUAAAAAGACUCACUUCUCAGUUAUCAUUAAACUACAAUUUUUGGGGCAUUCCUUAAUAUUGUUAAAGGCUUAUUUUCCCCUUCUCCUUUCAUUUUUUCUGUACAUGUUUGAAAUCAUAAAGUGCCUGUGUAAUUAAGUGCAUAUUUUAUGUGUAAAUUUUCUGUAUUGAUUACAAUGGAUAUGUCACACUUCACAAUAUCAUUUAUAUGCUAUUAUUUUUUUUCAAUUUUUACCACAUAUCCCGUUUGCAAGCUUUGUUGACACUGUUUUGUUAACAUUAUGUGGUGACAUAUUUUGAUAGUAUAUUUAGGUUAUUUUUAGAUGGAACAUUGUUUAUUCAAGUUGCAUUCUCAUGUCAAAUGAGUCUCAGAUUGUUUAUGAAACACAAUCAAUAUUUACUGUUUAAUUGAUUUUAGUGUGCCUCAAAUUUAUGUUUUGUAUUAAUGUGAUAUUUUGGGGAAAUUGUGCUAGUGCUGUUACGACAAAUUGAAUUGGUUGCAAAAUAUUUCACGUUGGGUCAACUUCUUUUCGUUGAACCUGAUAGAAUUCCAUACUGAAACAGAUAUUUUUAUAUGAUUGGCUAAUUUUUUUGGGAUGAACUUCUUCUUCUUCUUCUUCUUCCAGUAAAGUACAGACCGCCGUUGGCGUAUUAUCGUACUUGUGCUUGUCGAGUGCCCAGAUGAAUAGUGCAAGUAAAAAAAAUCUCACUACAAGUUGAUACUAUGUACGGCUAAAAAACAGGAGAGGCUUAACAAAGUCUCAUUUGUUGCACCCCCUGCGUGAAGAUCCCUAAGGAGGUGCUGUUGACUAUACUCGGGGGGGGGGGGGGGGGGGGGGAGGGAGUUCCUUUAAUGGUAUUAGUUAAUACCUAACGUUAGUUUUUUUCUAUUUACCUUUUCUAAUCUUGAUAUUUUGAAGGGCAUUCAGAUUCUUGAACACAAAUAUUCCUCCCCUCAUAAAGUGGUAACAUUAAUGUGCAACCAUUUAGCAAAGUCUUCAAUUAAAUCAAACUGAAAGUCAAAAAUCAAAUCAAAUAUUGCUAAAAGCAAGUAGCAAAUAAUGUAAGCUAAUACUGUGUACAAAAUUCUUUUAAAUCAGUAGGCUAUAUGUGCCACAAUUACUGACUAUUAUUGUCUUUAAUUGGUAGCAUAUUAUCAUGGCAUUUCAAUUAAUUUGAACAUCACAAUGCCAUGCAAAAUCUGUCAUAAUGUUUGAGUGAAAUCUUUUGCUCAAUCAAUGCUCUAUUCCUAACACAAAUUUAAGAGAACUUUUGUUUUAUUUAAAAGAUGUUUUUAUGCUUUGAUGAUUGGGUAAAGUAUCAAGGCCAUUUGUAGCUCUUAAACAAACAAAAAACAAAGAAACUAUGUGUACAUUUAGAGAUAUAGUGAUUUCAUUUAUACAGCCUAUUAUUCCGGAGAUUUGUUUCUUUUGCUUGGAGUAACCUGUAUGUCUAUGUGCGUAAAUUUAAAUAAAAUGCCACACCUGGUGCAAUACCUUGA